AACCUUUCUCAUUCCCCAGGGUCAACAUACAGACUUGGAGAGGAUCACACAAACUGACUCCAGUGCAGCCAGGGGGCAGAGGACACAGAUGUGUUGGAAAACUGAUCUGGAUAUAGUUAAAGCAGAUAGAAGAGGAGACAUAUGGAUCAGAGAGGACCGCAGAAACUGAACUGAGUGCAGCCGGAGAGAUUGAGGUGGAUGAGGCAGCCCUUCCCUUUGGCCAGGGAGGGACUGGUUUCUGCCAUGACUUGUCUCAUCAAGUUCUACAAAGCUGUUUUUAUCUGGGUAAUCUCGCCCACAUUGACUUCAUGGUUUCAGCUGAAUUUACUGUCACGUGAACAGCAGCUGAAUCCCAUUAUAUCAGGCACUGUCAACAUGCAAUCCUCCACUCCCAUUUUCCAGUAAAACCUCCACUCCACCCACUGCUUCGCUCCAGCUAUCCCAAGCGAGAGGCAGCCCCAGCUGGGCUGAGGAUGCGUGUGACCUCCCCUCUCCUCCUGGCUCUCCUAGUACUCCUGCUGCUCCCACCACCCUCCCAGCUGAGAAAGGCAGGCCAGGGUAGGCGGCUCAAAGUAGGCAGACGCCUCCUCAGACGGGACAGGGUGAGAGGUCAGGGGCGCCAGGGCAGGUCAGGAGACUCCAGGCAUCAGGUCCCUGAAUGCUCAGAGUACAGCGACUCUGAAGACCUCUUCAUGGACUGCCAAGGGCAAAAACUUUCCUCCAUCCCCACUGCCUUAUCCUGGUCACGGGCUCCAGACCACCUCCUGCUGGCCCGUAACCGUAUCCGGGCCCUCCACGACGGGGCCUUCUCUGGCUUCGAGGGCCUGAGGAGCCUGGACCUGCAGCAGAACCGGAUCUCAGUGUUGGAGGAGGGGGUGUUCCUGGGCCUGAUACACCUCACCACCCUUCUGCUGCAGCACAACCGUCUGGGCACGCUCAGCGAGGAGGCUCUCAUCCCCAUGCCAGCCCUGCGCUACCUGCGUCUCCAUGACAACCCCUGGAGCUGCCGCUGCACACUCGACAGUCUGGUUCGCACACUGCAGGUGCCCAGCAACCGUAACCUGGGGAACCAUGCCAGGUGUGCGGAGCCAGUUGGGCUGAGGGGCAGGAAGCUGAGGCAGGUGGACCCAGAGCUGCUGUGUGUGGAACUGGAGCCUCCCAGCGACCCCCCAGACCGGCAGGGGGAGGACCAGAGGGACUCCACAUACCCUCUGCAGCCCAUCCCCAUCAGGGGCAAGCCUGACGCCACCACCUCCUGCCAUACCUACCUGUUCCCCACACCCCGACUGGACUGCAGAAGCAGAGAUCUGGCCGAGGUUCCUGCAGACAUCCCAGGGGACAUGGUUCACAUGGACCUGUCCCAAAAUUCCCUCCGGCACCUGAAGGCCAGAGACUUUGUGGAGGCCAGAAGCCUAAGGUCACUCAAUCUCAGCGACAACAACUUGGAGGACAUGGACACAGCCUCCCUGUCUGGCCUUCUACACCUCCAUGAGUUGGACCUUUCCAACAACAACCUGCACUUCUUCCACUAUGGUGUUCUAGAAGACCUCUAUUUCCUGUCCCUACUAAGGUUGGGGGGAAACCCCUGGGUCUGUGACUACAGCAUCCACUACCUGGUGUACUGGCUACGUCUGCACCCAGGGGUGACCCACUCUGGCCUGCUGUGCCACUCCCCUCCUGAGCUCAGAGGAAAGAGUGUGGAGGACUAUGUUCACUCCUACAACAGAGCUUGCAGCCAGACAGAGCACAGUCAGACGGAAUACGGCCAGACAGAUCCAGAAUUGUGGGUCACAUCUAUGGAGCUGCAGGAGGAGAUGGAACCGGCACAUCUGAGAGGACCGCAGAAAUACCACGUCACCAGGUUGAAUUAACAAACUACCCCAGGAUGGAAUGACUGACAUAUUGAACACCUUUAAAUACGUUGUCUUUUUAUAGAGCAUUCAAAUUAAUUCUGUAUCAGAUGGUAAACUUGAACUUUGUUCAAUAUUGUUGUUCCUGCUUUGUCCCAAAAAACAAGAAAUAACAAUCCAAGUAGAUAUAUUAGAUUGAGCAUAUGUGAGAAUCCAGAAUAUAAAUGUGGUGUGUAUAGACCGUAUAUCAUUUGGGAAAGAAAAUGGUAUGUACAGUAUUAGGAUGAGCUAUAUCUAGAAUACAAUAUAUACAUACACAGUGAGUAAACAGUAUAUAAAACAGAAUAUGAGGUGACCAGCAUUCAAUACAUAUUUUUGGGGCAGCAGGUAGCCUAGUGGUUAGAGCUUUGGGCCAGUAACCCGAAAGGUUGCUGGAUCGAAUUGACAAGGUAAAAAUCUGUCCUUCUGCCCCUGAACAAGGUAGUUAACCCACUGUUCCUCGGUAGGCCGUCAUUGUAAAUAAGAAUUUGUUCUUAACUGACUUGCCUAGUUAAAUAAAAAUGGCUCUACAUAAAUGGGGCAUUAGUCUGUAGGCCUUGAUUUACUGCAGGUCUACUUUUCACCCAUACCGUUUAUGCCAUUUGCACUCCCAUUGUGAGUCAAUCUGAAUCCAUUUCAUUUUGAGAGCACACAGAACAAUCUCUGCCCCCAUUCCUCCUGCUAUUUCCCACAAUUAUAUUAAGAUUUUGCCUUUAAAAAAACCAGAAAAAUACUGAACAAACUGUCAAAGCAUUUAGACGCCCUGCUCCUUUCCCAAACAUAGUCAUGGCCCAGGAAUAUUUAUUUGGCAAGAUGUUUGAUUUUUAAAAAUAAGCAUAGUAAUCUCUGCCAAGAAAUACACCUUGGUGCCAUAGCUACUCUGUAACCGCUAGAUUCCUACAGAAUGGUCCCAGACAAAAGUCCUGUAUAAUACUAUUAUAGGUAUGCAUUUAUUUUAUAUUACCCAUUUCCUAGCAUACCCCACACUAAACAUGAGCCACUGCUGAUUAGUUUCCCUGCGGUUACAACACCCCUGGCACUACAAAUCAAAAACAAGUCAAUUCAAGGGCUUUAUUGGCAUGGGAAACAUGUGUUAACAUUGCCAAAGCAAGUGAGGUAGACAACAUACAAAGUGAAUAUAUAAACUAAAAAUGUCCUUUGCUAGCAGACAUAAAACAUACAGGGGUACUUGUUAUGGGGUAACUGCUUUCAGGCUGUCGUCUUGUGAAACAGUGGAUGUGAAGACUCUAGCUAGCUAAAGCAUUUACUGCACAUUUAAUGUACAAUUGUGUAAGCUUGCCUUGCUGAUAUUUGCCAUGCAGUACAGAUAGAUGAAAUAAAGUAACUAGUUAACUAAUUUCUUGCUUAUUGUGCAAUGGGGAAUAAAAAAAAACCUGUAUGCCUAUGA